AUAGAAUCUACGGUGGCUCAAAUGGGUAGAACUUUAACCGCUGUUUAGCGCCACACGUGUUUGUUGUCAUUCAUUGUUGCAUAUUUUCUACUCACUUAACUACACUGUGCAUAACUGAGAUAUGAAUACGAAGGCGAACGGAAAAUCGGACGAAGACUGUUUGUUUCUUGAGCAAGUGUUGGACAAACUGUAUGAUUUUGGAACAAAAAAGAAGAAAAAGCGUAAAAGACGUGCGGAUGUGAAGGAGUUUCCAGAGUCUAAAGAUGAUGAUUCUGUCACAUCCACAACCCAGCAUCAGUCAGAACAAACAGCGGUGGCACAGAAAGACCACCAGGUGGAGGUAGUGACUUUCCAGGAUCCUAGAAAGAAAAUAAAGACCAAACACACCUCAUCUCCUGACAAAAUAAAACUUCCUCAAACAAAAGACAAAAACAGUGAGCAAACAGAGGAACUUAGUUUGGAAAAGGCCCGAUUAGAAGUUCAUCGAUUUGGCAUCACAGGCUACAAGAAAGAGCAGCAGCGAGUAUUUGAGCAGGACAGAGCUAUUAUGCUGGGGGCUCGUCCACCAAAAAAGCAGUAUGUCAACUACAAACAACUACAACAACAAAUCAAAGAGAAAAAACAAAAAGAAAAGGAGGAGGUUGACCCGGAAUUAAAGACAAAGAAGAAAAAGAAGAAUAAUCCCAAGGAUAAAAAGAAGCAGUCCACAUCUGGGUCUGGUUCAGGGCCCUCAGGACAAGUGGGGCGAUUCAAAAAUGGCAUGUUGAUCCUCAGCACCAAAGAAAUCCAGAAGAUUAAAGGAACAAAAGGACAAAGAUAGUCAUUUAUUGGCUAUAGUUGGUUGCAUUUUUUUUCUUUUUUUUUGUCGUACAGCUCUCUGGGAACUUGCAUGGACUUCUUAUCAGGAUCCUAAUGAACUUAUGCAGGAAGUUUGCAUUUGGAAAUAUCAGAGCUGUGAGCUGUAUGCAGAAAUUCAAGAUCUGUGCCUGUUCUAGCAACACAGUGAAUCACCUAGUGACAGUUUUACUCCUGAGGAACUGCUGACACAGGAUCCAGCCUGCGGCUCCCAGAUGGAUUAUUGAGUAAAAAUGUAAAGACUCUUCUGGUUUUUAUUCAUCACAGUUUAUUUAUUUUCUUUUAUAAAUUAACAAAAAAGACAAUUGCAUUUUCUUGUGUAAAGGUUUUUCUAAAUGAUGCGAUUACAAUGCAUUUCUUGUACAAAACAUGUCAUACAAAACUUUUACAUUUAGAAGGGAGGAGAAAUAUCACAUACAAUGAGGAAACAGUAUUUACAGCACCAAGAAGAAGCCCCAGUUAUAUUUUUAACAAAACAAAAAACUGACAGUUUAGUUGCAACAGAAUACAAAAACAUAAUUUAUGGCAGUGUGAAGCAGACAAUGUCAAAAUCUCACACCAUGUAAAUAAAGCAGCUUUAAACAAGAAGAUAUGCAAGUUGUAAUAUAAUCUGAUGACAACUAUAUUAGACAGUUAAAUACACAACAAAUCAAAGGUAAAUAUAAAACAAAAUAAACAUGACUUUGUUCUUAAAUAUAUUUACAAUCUGUCAACAUAAAUAAAUCAUACAGUAUUUCCCUAUGCUGUUUUAAUACAA